UUCUCUCUGUGUGUGUGUGUGAAAGUGUGUAAUAAUUUUUGAUCAGUAUUUAAAUGCUCUGUCCGCCCACUAUGCGUCCGGCCAGUCCUGCCGAAUCCGAGAUCUCCGUCGGCGGUGCACCCAGCCCGCUGCCGACCCAACACCAUCAUCACCAUCAGCAGCAGCAGCACCAGCUGCACCAUCAACGCGAUUUGCUGCAGCAACAGCAAUUGCUGAUGCAGCAACAUGCCGCCGCUGCUGCCGCCGCCGCUGCCGCAGCUGCAGCAGCCGGACUGACGCGCAAUGCCGUCGGCACGUUGCCGGAGGAUUACUUCCAGCCGCUGAAGCGCUUGCGCAUGUCCUCCAGCUCAUCGGAGACGCGUGAGCAGACGCCAAGUCCUCCUGCACCGCCCACAUCUAAUGCCGCUGUCACCACAGCCACGACCACGGCCACGGCCACCACAAAGUCCGCCAUUGAGGGCGUCAAGAGCUUCUCCAUUGCGGACAUUCUCGGUCACUCUGAGAAGCAGGAUCAGCAGCAACAGCGCUCGGCCUCCGCAUCGCCACCGCCGGCUGCCACUCUGCUGGCCCCACCAGUCGCCCGGCCUGUCUCCGGCCUGCUACAGCCCCGCACCGAGCCCCUGGACAUGCAUCCAGCUGCCGCUGCUGCCAUGCUGCUGCCCGGGGCACAGAUCGUGCGUCCAUGGGACCAUCUGCUUGGGCCCAUGCCCGUCCGCCCGUUUAUUCCUUCAGCUCUGCUGCACUACGAGCAGCGCCUGGCCCUCGACUAUCAUCGCCAGCUGCAGGAGCACUUCAAUGCCCAGGCGCAGUUGCUGCGCCACAUGAGCAUGGACAUCAUUCCCUCGGAGAGUGGCUCGGAUCGCUCCAGCUCGGCUGCCAGCGAUUGCUGCUCGCCCGAAAUAGCUCGCGAUUCGGCUGCUGCUGCCGCCGCUGCUGCUGCUGCAGGCGCUGCACUGCGUCGCAGCCACAGUCCACAAUCCUCUGCCAAGGCCAAUGGCACGCCACUCGACGCGCUCUUCCAGAUGACCACCAAGGACUUUGAUGAGUCACAAGAUAAAUCGCACUUGGACAUAUUCUCGAACCGGCCGCAGCCAAAGAAGAAGCGCAAGUCGCGCACCGCCUUCACCAACCAUCAGAUCUUCGAGCUGGAGAAGCGCUUCCUCUACCAGAAGUAUCUCUCGCCCGCCGAUCGCGACGAGAUCGCCGCUUCGCUGGGUCUGUCCAAUGCCCAGGUGAUCACCUGGUUCCAGAACCGCCGCGCCAAGCAGAAGCGCGACAUCGAGGAGCUGAAGAAGGACUUCGACAGCGUCAAGGUCUUCUCCGCCCACAAAUCCUUCCUCGAGAACGUCAACGAUCUGAGCAUCCUGAAGAAGAAGCCCAUGCACGAGGCGGACAUGGUGGGUCUGGCCGCAGCAGCCGCUGCCGCUGGCAUGGUGGUGCCAGUGCCCGUCUCGGCUGCCCAGGCCAUGGCCACGCCUCCCAAAUGAGCGGGCGCCAGCAGCGGCGGCGACAACGUCGCACUUGCAACCCGAUGAACGGUACAAAAAGCGAGCACAGU